UGUCCAGCCUCGCGCCGGGCUCGGGCGUGUUCGUGUACGCUCGUGUCACCGCGCUCGGCCCCACGCGCACAAUGCAGCUCACUGGCAGACUCACGCUCGCCAACAUGCUGCGACAUACACUACUCUAUAAGGUGCGCGUUCGUUGUUCGUCGACGCAACAAUGGCGCGGGCAGUGCGCGGGCGAACUGCCCCCCGAGCGCGUCUGUCCCGCCCUCCUUUGUGAGACAGCCGCUGAUCUUUCUCUUAAGGUCAAAUUCUUGUCACACGAUACCGGUUGGUCGGGUGAUAUUCCAAUAAAAGAAUGUCCAAAAGAAAAUGUACCCUGGCUGGUUAAAGUACCCAGCGGUGAUGAUAUGGCGUUCGUGUCUGUAUGGUGCCGCGUGUCGCGCGCCUCCUCCGACGGCCGGCUGCUGGCUACCUUCUGGCCGCUGUUUGUACUGCGCUCACAUCUCUCCCUGGACACCGAGGUGAUGAUAACGACUGAGUUGUCGGACACUACGGUGGGUAAGAGUGAGGGGGCGGGGCCGGGGCGGGCGCAGACGGCGCGCGGCCGCGGCGCCACCGCGCAUCUCACCACGCCCGGCACCACCUCCGCUAGGCAUACUCUCACACUACAAUACAAGAACAUAGAUUGUUCGGUGACGCCGAAGGGGGUUCCACUCCACUAUGGCAUCACGCAGACCUCAGUGUUCGACGAGUGCCACCCCGUACAGGACAUCGACGACGUCAUCCGAGAAAUUAAAACCUGGUUGCGAGAGUGGGGCAGCGAGGCGCGCACAGAUUGGCCCUACUCUAUGGUACGCCAGCACUGGAGCGGCGACUGGCAGCCAGCACUGCUGCAACCGCGUACAGACAUCACGGUGCCUGUGGUGGUGACGCAACAUCACCACGAGGGUCGCUGGCAGGUGGUGGUGGCGCGAGACCCUUGCCCGCAGUUCGUGGUGACCAAUGCCACGAAGGAGUGGCUCGCAGUCGCUCAGCCCCUUCAACCUGAAGUAUACGACUACCAGGAGAAUAACUCAAAAACUGUCAAGACAGUAUCAGAAUGCGAAGGCGCGCGUUGGAUUUGUUCUGUGGCUCCUGGCAUUAGUACGCACUACACGACGCCGGCGUACUGCGCGCGCUAUCCCACGCCCACCAACGACGCCGACAACGACGCCCUCGCACCAAUAUUCCUCACAUUCGCACGAGCAACAGAAGAUGAACGCAGUCCGAUGUGGUGUGUGCCUGUGGGUGUGGUGACUGGUGAGCAGUUGGUGCAGCUGUCCAGCAUCACGGUGAAGCUGCGCGUGCGCACCUCCCCACAUUCCACACUGCUAGAGCUACAGCAUGUGAAACAGCAUGACAUCUCUGCGAGUGACAUCAGGCAACGAUUGGUCGGUUCCUUUAGCAGCUCCACACUGCACGACCGCAAACACAUUGACGAGUGUCGAUCAGUAGAACGAGUCAAUGCUACAGAUAAUUUAAUAGAGGAUUCAAAAUGUCGCUCGCGUCGCAAUAAUCUCAUAUCAAGAGGGAAUUUUAAUGUGAAUCCAGAUUUAGUAUCAGAUCUCAGUGAAAACACUAUUCGUUCGUCGAAUUCCAAAAAAACUACUUUAGAUUUCGAUGAAAAUGAUAACGUCCGUCUCUCGUUAUGUGGUUUGGAGCGAGAGCGGACGAGAAGCGUGCUGGCUGUGGGAAGUGAAGAAUUGGAUAAUUCUCAGGUUUCGAUAGCGCAAUGUCUCUCAGAGGCCGACCAGUCCAGUUUCAAGGAACUUUUAUUGUGGGUACAAAAGUGA